AUGGCGGCGAGGGCCAAUCGUCGGCCUCUGAUCUCUCUGCAGGCUCACCUUCAGUCGUUACUCCUCAGCACCUCCCUCGAGUCCAACCUCGACUAUGCUGCCCAAGACAACCUCCAGCAGCUCGGCCCCAUCAUCAAAUCGCUCGAUGAAGCUGGGCAAGCUGAUGCCUUUCUACGAGUGCUUCGCGACUUUGCUCGCGGAGAAGAACAGCGCAUUCAGCGUAUCUGCGACGACAACAGCACAGACUUCGUAUCUGCGGUGGACAAGCUCCUCAAGGUGCGCUCCAGCACCAUCAGUCUCAAACAUCGCGUGGGUGAGCUCAAUGAGGAGGUGCAGGCUGGCGGAUCGAGCUUGGGCAGCAAGAAAAAGAGCCUCGUCGAGUCGCAAAGGACGAUGGGGAAAGUCGACGACGCUAUUGAGACGCUCCAGCUCUGCUUGAAGGUGCUGGAUAUGGCUAAGCGCAUUGACGUGCUCAUCGACGAGCGCAACUACUAUCCGGCAUUACGCUCCCUCGACGAACUGGAGGCGCAUCAUCUCUCUCCAUUGCUGGCGCACGACUUUGCGCACUACCUGCAUUCAUCACUUCCCUCGAUGCGCUGGAGAAUACGCCAGGCAGUCAUCAAGGAGAUGAAGGAGUGGCUCUUCGAGGUGCGCCAGAAGUCGAGGACAGUAGGCAAACUGGCGCUCAAAGCCAUGGAGGACAGGCAGAGGAAAUGGAGAAGUCGCAGCGAGCGGAAGGGUAGUGAUGUGCUGCGGGUAGCCAAGGUCAAUGGACCUGUCGAGAGCGUCUACAACGAGCGCACAGAGUACUCCUUUAUGAACAACUCCGAGGUGCACAUCGACUUCUCGCCUCUCUACCAAUGUAUACACAUUCACGAUGUCCUCGACCUACGAGAAGAGCUACAACGCAACUACCAAGAAGAUCGGCGGGCGCAAGCCAACCUCCUCCUCUCUCAAGGUCUCUCCUUUCACCCUUCGAAUCCCACAUUCCCUGCUUUGCUCGAGGAAGUUGUCGGCUUCUUCCUCGUUGAACACCACGUGCUGGACACCUGCCCACCCGGAUUCAGGAGCGAGCAGGAAGUGGACGACUUGUGGGACGACAUGUGUGAGCGAGUUGUGGAUAUCGUCAGCAUUGGGCUGCGGGACUCGAAGGACACGAGGGUAUUCGUGGCAACCAAGGCGGUGGUGCAGACGUUCAUCCAGACGCUCGAGGGCUACAGCUUUUCAGUGGGCAAGCUCAAUGCGCUACUUCUCACACUAUUCGAGCGCUACGCCCAGCUACUGCGAGACCGGUUCACGAACGACUUCAAGCAGGCAAUACGGCAGUCCGAGCAUCAGCCUAUGGUUGUCAACACGAAAGAGGAGCUGGACAAAGUCCUCAACGUUUGCUGGCUACGGCCGCGUGAUGCCCAGUCGCUCAAGGAGCAGCAACUUCCUUUGGCCUUACCUUUCUCCCAGACAUACCCGCUCUGCUGCAUGGACAUUCGCAGCCUUGUCGACCAGUACUACGUCUUCAGCGACGGCUUCUCGCAACACCAUCGCGACAUUGAUGACAUUCUCAAGAAGUCCCUCGACGACCUCCUCAUCCAGCAGGUCUCGAACGCCAUCCGACACUCGGUCGAGACCACCUCGAACCUCUCCCAAAUCACUCAGAUCGUAGUGAACGCCGAGCACUUCAAACUCGCCUGCACCAACCUCGAGCGACUCCUCGCGGCUCUCCGUGCCCCGCAUCGAGGCGGCACUCUACGACUCGAUGCAAGUUCGCACUUCACCGCUACGCUAGAUAUAGCUCAGGCGCGCAUCGAUUCAGCAAUCGGAGCGAAGCUCCUCGAAUUCAUUGAACUUGAGGAGAUGGAUUGGACACGCGCCUCAGACCCGCCCACUGGACGGGCCCAGCCUAGUUCGUACAUCUUUGAGAUGCUGACGUGGCUGGAGACGAUGAUGGAGUCCGUCCUUGUCCUUCUUCCUAGAGAGACUAAGUUGAGGGCCUACCGCAGCGCAUUCAGGUAUGUGGCCAAUCAGCUGCUUGACGGGCAGCUGCUGGCGAGGGAGGUGGAGAAGGUCAGUCCGCCGGGAUUGCGGCAAUUGCAGAGGGACGUUGAGGCGCUU